UCGACCUCGAUGUCGCGCUCAGUGGCACGCCCGUCCCCUUCCGUGGAAGGCAAUAUGAUGACCCAAAUAGACGAUCUUGUGCAGCGCAACCGGACACUCGAGCAUCUCAACAAAAAACUAGGCGAUGAAAACGCGCUCUUGCUAGAGAAACAUAAACGCGCUUUGCAUGACCACACAGAAUCCCAUAAACGAAGCAUACACGACAUGAAGGUUCAUUUCAAUGAGGAGCGCGUAGCCUUUCGCGAAGGCUGCAACCGAAUCCUUUCCUCGCAUCAACUCGCCCACCUUCGUCUGACGGCAAAACUAGUUGAAACGGAGGAUGUAAUCCUAACAGAGACAAACGCUACGCGACAACAAAAACUCGCUUGUCUUCAUCGUGACUUUCAGCUCACCAUGUUCCGGGUCCGUGAAUCCCAACUCGAAGCCCGUAUCGAAGAUCUCGAAGACCAACUCAAGUAUAGCAGCCGAGAGGGAAACGACCACAUCCUGGAACUACAAGGGAAGUUGCGUGCGCAAGAAGAGGAGAUAGAAGCUCUUGGAGAACAACAAUCAAACCUGGAGCAAGACCUUGACAAACUUCGUGAAAGCCACACACGUUUGGAAUCUGCUAAAGACUCAGCCACGACGAAGCUCGAGCGCCUAAAUCUCCAAUUAGAAGGUGCUAAGACAGCCCACAAGGACUUGGAACGCCAAAAUGACGAACUGAAGCGGACCAAUGAUCAACUAAAGCAUCAAUUAGAUCGAUGGCAGAAUCUAGAGAAUAAAGGCGGAGAAGAAACGGAAUUCUUGAGGAAGAAGAGUGUUGACCUCGGGGUGCAGGUCAAAGCUCUAGAACAGAGGCUCGAGAAGAGAGAUGCAGAGUUGAAAAAGGAAAAGGAGAAACUUUCCAGAUUCAAGGCGAAUGCAAAAGAAUUGGAGGUUUACGCCGGAGAGCAGCGUGAAGAAGCGGAGGUGUCAGCCAACGCUCUAGCUGCAGCUCGUCUAGAGAUCGAACAACUCAAGCAGGCGCUCGAAGAGGCCCAAUCAUCUUACCCCCAUCGUGUAUCACCUACUGUGUCUGAGACUGAAAUCGCUCUCGACAUGGCCGACGUAGUCCCAUCGUCACCGGCAAGACCAAUCUCAAGAAAGCCUGUCUUAAGAACUGCCGUUGCGGGUCCAUCUAAUAUAUCGGAUGAUGACAUCGAGGAAGUUCCGCCCCCGCCCAAGAAACGGGCGACUUCCAAACAGCCUACGGCCAAACGCCCAAAGCUGAAACCUCGGUCUCAAACUAUCUCGAAGGAGGAUAGCGAGGACAGCGAGGAAGAGCGUAAGCCGACCAGAGCGAAAGGGAAAGCCAAGGCCGUUGAUGAGGACUCAGCAAAACCUGCAGCAAGAACCAAACGGAGGCGUGAAGAGAGCGAGCCAGCCCAAACAAAACCUCGGUCUCGCGUCAAUCAACAAAUCCAGCCUAGAGGGUCCAAGCUUAUCUCAGAUGAUGAGGACGAAGCACCUGCCGCGAAAAAGAAGAAACGAACUAUAGGGAUAUUUCCUACCAACUCCCAGCCUUCAUUCAACUUCUUGUCCACGACUGCGACUACCAUUGGUGGAAUCGACAUUCCGACUGUGCUUUCACCCGUUCGUCCAGAUGAUCCAGUUCCCAGCCGGUCAGCGCCAACUCGAACUACGUCGAGCAGCGGACUAAUAAGUAAUUUCUUCAGCUGGAAGAAAUAG